AUGCCAGCUCCCCUCGGCCUCAUCGCCGUCGCCUUGCUGCCAAACGUCGAGGAGGAGCCGCGGCGCGAACGGCUGCCGCGACACAUCUUCUCCUUUUGGCACGAGGAGCGCCUUCCAACCGCCGUCGCCGGCUGCUUCCGUCUGCUCUCCCGGCUCAACCCGGACUGGACACUCAGCGUCAUCACGCCCGAGUCCGCGUUGGAGCUUCAGCUGGCGCCGCCACCGCAAUCCGACUCGGCGGCCAUUAGCCCGCAGCACCUCGCGGAUUGGUACCGGUUGGAGGCGCUCUACCGCCACGGCGGCGUGUGGAUGGAUGCCUCAAACGUGCAGCUGCAGCCGCUCGACAGCUGGGUUGAUCAACACAGCGACGCGUUGCAGGGCUUCUUGUACCCUCACGACAAUGAAACCAUGGAGAACUGGGCGAUUGCAGCGCCGGCGCAGAGCGACUUUGUGGGCUGCUGGUUGGCCGAGUAUCGGCAGGCGCUGACCGGGUUUGACGCCUACUGCGUAGCCGCGGCCCCGGAGCACGCGAGCCCCGGGCUGCGCGAAGGCCUCCCCUACCUCACGCAGCACCUCUGCUGGCGCGUGUGCCGCGCCCGCCUGCGGUCGUCUCCUCUUCGCCUGCGCUCGAGCGUCGAGCCCGGCGGGCCGAUGCACUACCUGUGGCGGGCGGCGGGCGGCGACCGCGCCUACCUGCGGGAUAAUUUGCCUGCCGACUAUGAUGCUUCGUCGGGCGCAACGACCAUCGCCGCCGACGCGUACCUCCCUCUCGUCGCGGUGCGGCGCCUCAUGUCGCUGACGGCGGCGCGGCUGCGCGAGGAGGAGCGGGAGACGCCCUUCUUCAAGCUGCGGGGCAGCGAGCGGGACAUGCUGCAGGCGCUGCUGGAGAGCAGGGCAAGCCGCUGCGACUCGCACCUCGCCGCGCAGCUGCUACCCGCCGGCUCGCACGUGUCGGCGGUGGACGGUCCGUGCGUCGCGUCCACGCCCAGAGGACUGCCACCCCCACCGCCGCUCGCCGCCUCUGCCGAGAGGGCCGUCAUCAUCCGCCCGCACGUCAUCACCCUGGAUGCCGGCUCGGCGCGCUAUUCCGCCUUUCGCGCCGCCAACGCGCACCUGCUCGCAAACCUGACCGUCUGGCGCGCGGUGGACGGGAGAGAGCUGCGCCUGUCCGAGCUCGUCCCGGAGGUCAUCUCGCCGGGGCUGCUUGCGUCCGAGGAGGACCUCAAUGCGGGCAGCGUGGGCACCGCGCUCUCUCACCGGCGCGUGUGGCAGCACGUCGCGGACAGCGAAGAGACGGCACUGGUGCUCGAGGACGACGCCGUGACGCACCCUCAGAUCGAGGCAUGGGCCUCGCGCAACCACGAAUUGCUCGCGGCGGCCGACCUGACGCUCUGCGCCUUCAACCAAGACACCAUCACUGCCACCAUCGACCCGCGAACGGGGAGCGGUGCGAUCAGCGCGUACGAUCCGCCCCAGCCGUACCAGAGGCCCUGGAUCCACGCAGCGCUCCGAAGCACGUGCCGCGUCCGCCGCGUCCGCCUCUCGCACGCGUGGGGCACGGCGUGCUACUGGCUCAGCCCGCAGGGAGCGCGCGCGCUGCUCCGCCGCGCCCUGCCCCUCUCGACGGAGUCCGUCUUUCGGCACAACGCCGCCGCUCCGAGCGGCUGGCCGCCGCCCGGCAAGGAGGCGGCGCUCUACGGCCCGUUUGAGCAGCUGCGGGCGAUUGCGCAGGCGUCGAUCGACUCGCGGCUCAACGCGCUGUACGAUGAGCUCGACGCCUAUAUCCUGGCGCCCCGGCCGCUCGCCUACACGGAGAACGACAAGGCCGAGUCCACCAUCCGGCGACGGCCCGGGGGAGGGGGGCUGGUCAUGUAG